AUACCCAACCAUGGCCUACCCCGCAAACUCUUGAGUCUCUUUCCUCUGCGAAGUGCAAAGCGGGCAAUACUUUGUGACACCACGUACAACGCGAUGGAUCGCAUUCUUGAGGUGAUCAGAGAAACACAAGCGUUGUCCCCGGAGAAAGUGCGCUGGGCAAUCGAGCACGCAUGUCGGGUUGACCAACUGAGCUUCAAGGUUUGGAUCAUUCUACUUGCGGCUUGUGCUAUUCUUGCUUCAACAGCUCGCCUCCUCGUACGACAUUUACGCGAACGUACUUUCUGUCUAGACGAGUAUUUUAUGUUACUUUCAGCAAUAUGUUUCAUCAUAGAAACUGGGCUAGUGUAUUCGUCUAUCUCACCGAUCUAUCUCAUCGAUGCUGUUACCCUCCAGCUUCCCGUACUCAGUUACACAAUGCGACCUACUGAGGGAUCACCCACGCACGACCUCCGAGAAGAAUUUCUUCAAUCCAACCACAGGACUGUGGGCGCGUACUUCGUCUUCGGUUGGCUUGCAAUAUUCGCCGUCAAAGCAAGCUUUCUGUCGCUCUUCCACAAGAUGCUUCGCAAUGUCAACAAAAAGUUGAUGAUAUGGUUCUGGGUAACGGUGGUGCUCACUGUCAUCAGUGUCAUGGCCGUAGUACUAGAGACUUUUGAGCUCUGUUCCAAGUUUGGAGCAGGACCUGUACAAUGUUUUUUCGAAGAUGGCUUCACCUUCAGCAUACAUUCCACUGUGGUGGUACAGCUGCUAGAUAUCAUCACUGAUCUUAUGGUGAUUUCGAUCCCGGUGUUGUUAUUACAGCUGUCUAGCUUAAGAUUGAAACUCAAGCUCCGGCUGGUCCUCGUACUCUGUCUCUCUACAGCAUGUAUCGUGAUAGGAAUCGCCCGAAUGGCUGGAGGGGUACAUUCUAAUGUACUGUCGAGAAAGCAGUUCAGUAUUGUAUGGCUUACUUUCAUGCUACACUGCGAGGCUGCGGUUGCAUUGAUGGCCGGUUCUGUUCCUGCUUUGCACGCACUUUUUACGUCCCAAGAGUCGAAAAUAAGAAAGCGAGUACUCAUCUCCAAGUCCAGCGAAGGAAAAUCCAGUCUGAAGACAGGAACAGGAACUCUUGACGAAGACAUGGUGGAAAGACAAGAACUACAACCUCAAACCUGUGAUGGUGAGAAAUCGCCGGGGCUCAACAAGUGGCAGAACUCUGUUGCAAAUCUUAUCCCGAAGCGAAUGAGUAGCCACCGUAGUCGGAGACUGCGAGGCCCCCAUGGAAGGACUGGUUCCACUGACAGUGGGAUCUUGCACCCAGUUUUGGCAUACCACAGAUUUCGCAGACAAGAGAGGGACGAGGAAGAGAGCCAAAGAUCUCUGAACGAUCUUAACGCUAUCAAAGUCACAUAUAACAUGACCAUAUCAAGUCAGUCUGCUGUAGAUACUUCAGUGGAUGGAGAUCAUAUUGAUACCAUUGCGUUGGUACCUAAGCCGUCGAAUCACCUCGCAGGAAUCGAGGCACCAGAACCGGCUAUGACUACAAGGCAAAUGAACUAUUUUGUGGAGGGACAGUUUGGUCAAAUCCAAGCUGGUAUGCAGAUGUAG